GGGCGAGCAGGGCUGGAACCUCUGACCAGCAAACGAGGCCAGGCCCCGCCUCCGCCCGCCCGCGCCCCCCGCCCGCGGCGCCCGCUCUGCAGAGCUCAGUCUCCAGCGCGCGCGGCUGCCAGCGGUCGCUGUGCCUCGGUGUCCCCAGCUAGUGCGACAGAGACGCCAGCAGGGACCCCCCGACCCUGUGGCCCCCGAAGCCCUGUCCACGGUGGCUGCCAUGUCAACCUUGCUGGACAUCAAGAGCAGCGUGCUCAGGCAGGUGCAGGUGUGCCCAUCCUUUCGCCGCAAGACAGAGCAGGAACCUGAGAUCACAAACUCACAGGAGCCCCCAACGGGGGCCUGGAAACCUGGGGAUGGUGUGGAGUUCUUUGCCCACAUGCGCCUCAUCCUGAAAAAGGGGGAUGGCAGACAGGGCCUUCCAUGUCCUGAGGUUCUUCUGCGAAGUGGUUCCCCAGCCCCUGCUGAGCCUGUGGACCCCAAUCGUGGCCUGAGAACCCUGACCCAGGAGGAGGUGGAGAUGCUCUACGAAGAGGCUUUAUACACAGUCCUCCACCGGGCCGGCACCAUGGGCCCCGACCAGGUAGAUGAUGAGGAGGUCUUGCUUAGCUACCUUCAGCAGGUGUUUGGCACCAGUUCUGAGGAACACAUGGAGGCCAUCAUGCGUGUGAAGAAGGCCAAGGCCCCCACAUAUGCCCUGAAAGUCUCUGUCAUGCGUGCCAAGAACCUUCUGGCUAAAGACCCCAAUGGCUUCAGUGACCCGUACUGCAUGCUGGGCAUCCUGCCAGCCUCAAGUGCCCCACUGGAGUCGAGUGGACAGAAGGAGCAGCGCUUUGGCUUCCGAAAGGGCAGCAAGCGUAGCAGCCCGCUGCCUGCCAAGUGUAUCCAAGUCACGGAGGUCAAAAACAGCACCCUGAAUCCUGUCUGGAAAGAGCACUUCUUGUUUGAAAUUGACGAUGUCAACACAGACCAGCUGCACCUGGACAUCUGGGACCAUGAUGAUGACGUAUCCCUGGCGGAAGCAUGCAGGAAGCUGAAUGAAGUUAUUGGCCUGAAGGGCAUGACCAGAUACUUCAAACAGAUUGUCAAGUCGGCCCGUGCAAAUGGGACAGCAGGACCCACUGAGGACCACACAGAUGACUUCCUGGGUUGCCUCAACAUCCCUAUCCGGGAGGUGCCUGUGGCAGGUGCUGAUCGCUGGUUUAGGCUGGAACCACGCUCCAGUGCCUCCCGUGUGCAGGGAGACUGCCACCUGGUCCUGAAGCUGAUCACUACCCAGAGGGACACUAUUAUGAGUCAGCGUGGACGCUCAGGCUUCCUGUCCUACCUGUUGCUCCUCAGCCGUGUGCUGCGGUUUGAGCAUCGCGUGGAGGAGCCCAAUUCCAGCAGUUGGCGUGGCGAGCUUAGCGGGCCUGGGACCACAGUCCUUUGUCUGCAUGGAGCUCAAAGCAAUCUGUCCCCUUUGCAGCUGGCGGUGCUGCACUGGCAAGUCAGUAGCCGUCAUCAUCAGACACGGACCCUGGACUAUGGCUACCUGCUGGGGCUGCUGGAAGAUGUGCAGGCCCACUGGGAGGAGGCAGCUUCACUGCCUCAGGAGCAGGAGGAGAGCCUGGCUGACAGCUUUUCUGCCUUCUCGGAGUUCGGACUGAGACUACUGCGCCAGCUCCGAGAUUACUUCCCCGCCACCAACAGCACGGCUGUGUAUCGCCUGGAGCUGCUGCUGAAGUGCCUGGAGAAGCUCCAGCUCUUCCAGCCAGCCUUUGAGAUCUGCCCCUUUGAGACAGAGCUCAGUAUGGACAUUGCUGCCGCCCUGAAGCGGGGUAACCGUGAGUGGUACGACCAGCUCCUGAACACCAAGAGUCCCCGAGAACAGCCAGGGCCACAGCGCCUAGCGGGGCUUGUUGAGCUUGCAGACAUCAUCUACGAGGACUUGCAGUCAUGCUAUGGGGUCUACGCCAGCCUCUUCCAUGGUAUCCUUAAGGUGGACUUCUUCACCCUUACCUUCCGGCAGCUGGAACGUCUGGUGGCUGAGGAGGCAUGGGUGCUGACAGAGGAGCUGAGCCCCAAGAUGAACUUAGAGGUGGCCUCAGGGCUCUUUGAGCUCUACCUGACCCUGGCAGAUACCCAGCGCUUCUGGAGCUGCAUCCCUGGACGGGAAAGCCGCUCCCUAGCUCUGGCUGGCAUCCACACCCCUUUCCUGCCAGCUGUGAAGCUCUGGCUGCAGGUGCUGCGGGACCAGGCCAAGUGGCGCCUUCAGGGAGCGGUGGAUGUAGACACGCUGGAGCCUGUAGAUGCGGCUUCCAAACACAGCAGUUCUGCAGCGACUGCCAGCCUCUGCCUUAGUCACAUCCAGGAGCUCUGGGUCCGCCUGGCUUGGCCUGACCCUGCCCAAGCCCAGGGGCUAGGCACUCAGCUCAGCCAGGAUAUGUGUGAAGCCUCCCUCUUCUAUACGGAACUGCUGAGAAAAAAAGUGGACACCCAGCCAGGGGCUGCCGGUGAGGCAGUGAGUGAGCAGCUCUGUGUGGUGCUCAACAACGUGGAGUUGGUGCGCAGAGCUUCAGGACAGGCACUAAGAGGACUGGCGUGGUCUGAAGGGGCCAAUGGGCUGGAGGGCAUGCUCCCCCGCCCUUUACUCAGCUGCAUACAGGCCCUGGAUGAAGACCUUCACCGGGAGGCCCACACUGUGACAGCACACCUGACUUCCAAGAUGGUGGCAGAUAUCAGGAAGUAUGUACAGCACAUCAGUCUGUCCCCUGACUCUAUUCAGAAUGAUGAGGCCGUAGCCCCACUGCUGAAGUACCUAGAUGAGAAGCUAGCCUUGCUGAAUGACUCGCUGGUGAAGGAGAACCUGAGCAGGGUGCUAGAGGCCCUCUGGGAGCUGCUUCUGCAGGCCAUUCUGCAGGCGCUGAGUGCAAACAGGGAUGUCUCUGCUGAUUUCUAUGGGCGUUUCCAUUUCACUCUGGAGGCUCUGGUCAGUUUCUUUCAUGCUGAGGGCCAGGGGCUGCCCCUGGAGAACCUGAGGGAUGGAAGCUACAAGAGGCUGGAGGAAGAGCUACGGCUCCACAAAUGCUCCACCCGAGAGUGCAUUGAGCAGUUUUACCUGGACAAGCUCAAGCAGAGGUCUCUGGAGCAGAACCGGUUUGGGCGCCUGACUGUCCGGUGUCAUUAUGAAGCAGCCGAGCAGCGGCUAGCUGUGGAGGUGCUGCGUGCGGCGGACUUACUGCCUCUGGAUGCCAAUGGCCUGAGUGACCCCUUUGUGAUUGUGGAGCUUGGUCCACCACACCUCUUCCCACUGGUCCGCAGCCAGAGGACCCAAGUCAAAGCUCGGACGCUGCACCCGGUGUAUGAUGAGCUCUUCCACUUCUCUGUGCCUGCUGAGGCAUGCCGCCGCCGCGGAGCUUGUGUGCUAUUCACGGUUAUGGACCAUGACUGGCUGUCUACCAACGACUUUGCUGGGGAAGCAGCCCUUGGCCUGGGUGGUGUCAGUGGCAUUGCGAGGCCGCAUGUGGGAGGGGCCAUGAGGCCCGGUCAGCCUAUCACGCUACACCUGCGCAGGCCCAGAGCUCAGGUGAGGUCUGCACUGCGGAUGCUAGAAGGCCGGACCAACAGAGAAGCACAGGAGUUUGUCAAGAAACUCAAGGAGCUGGAAAAGUGCAUGGAGGCGGACCUCUGAGCACCCUGAUGGUCACAGCCCCGGCCCUUCUCAUUUCCCUGUGGGGUCCACUUUGUGCAGCAAGGGCUUCUGGGGGCCCCUCCCUCACCACUUGACCUGCCUGCUCUGGUUGAACCCUGUGGCUUCUGUCUGCCCUGUCUUUUGGUGUGUGCUGUGAACCCUUUGUGCCCCAGCAUGUCCCACCCAGAAUAUGGGCAGCCAACUCAGUGGGAUUGGCCAGCAUCUGCCCUGGACACAGAACAGGAUGGAUGGGACCUGACCCCAGCAGGCUCUCUUCCCUGGAGCAGUGGUCAUAUGCUCUCAGAGGACUCUGCCCCCUAGAGGCCAUCAGGUCAUACCUGGAGGAGACACUUAUUUAUGGUCACAACUAGGGAGUAGAAGCCACUACUAGGGUGGAGGCCAGUGUUGCUGUUCAUAUCCUUGUAACCAUCACUUGGCCUGAUGAGAAAUAAUUUGUGCCCCGUGACAGCAGUGUCGUUGGGGAAGCUUCUGCUAGAGCAGGCCUUGCCCUGCUUUCUGAGGAAAAGGCCUCCACAGGCAGAGGGUGAGGGUAGAGUUUCUACUGUCUGCAGCUUCUCUCUCCUGGAUCUGGACAUACUACCCAUGCAGGUGAGCGAGGGGCCAGCUGAGGAUUACUUGUGUUCUGGUCCUGGCCUGGCUCCUGGGCCCAGGAGAGUUUCUCCCAUAGUCACCACAAGGAAAAGGAAUUGCCCACAGGUGGAGACCAGGGUGAAGGGCUCUAUGGCUAGCUGCUCGGAUAGCCCUUGACACAUCUGUAUGUGCCCAUGCCAGACUUACCUCACAGGCCAGAUCCACCCGGGUAGACUUCGCCAGCGCUUAGCCAAGUACAAAGCAACAGACCCAUGGUCGGGGCUCCUCCUUGGUUUUAUUGAGAGCACUAAGGCAGGACUCUAAGCAAGGCUGUCCCAGAACUGUCCCAGCAGGCCUGUCCAUCCCCAGGUCCUACUGCCACUUCUGAAUAAUGCACACCAGCUUCAAUAAUAUGUUUGCAACCUUCA